UCUUCCAACUCAACCGCCGCUUCCUGGCCGGCCCAGGCAGCCGCCUCAGGCCCCGCUCCUCACUGAACCGCUAUCCGCUUAUUAUUGUUAUCACACCGACUGAAGAGAGCUCCGCCCCGGCUGCGUGGAGCUGCCGCCGGGAUGAGCGGACGGAAAGGCUAAAAUUUCCACAUCCUCCGCAGAAGUCUCGCCGCUUGCAGCGCGGGGCUGAGCGAGGUGCAGUCUGAGGAGCUGCUGUGGUGAUGGUGUUGGACUUGGGCGCAGUCUUCAUGGAUCGGGUUGAGGGUGAAAGAAGCGCUGGGGACCUGUUGAAAACAGACGCUCGAGAAGAUCCACUCAAAACUGUUAAAAGGUGCGGCGUCACAAAAAAGGAGACGGUGUCACACAACGGGCUCGCAGCCCCGACGAGCUGCAGCAGCCAGGUAGUACAGAGAAGAUCAUCAACAUCAUCGUCAUCAAAAUGUGGGACUGCAUCCAGAACGCCACUCCGGAGGCCCCUCAGCCUGGAGGUGACAUCCCAGCGCAUGAGAGGGUCUCAGGAGCAGAUGGUGGACCGGAGGAUCCUACAGCCUCCUUGGCGCAGUGGUACGGCUGCCCCCUCCCCCCCGGCUCGUAGCUUGACCAGCCCCAGCCUGGGGGCGAGUGGCUGGAUGCGGCGUAGUGAAAGCACCUGCUCCGUGAACUACUCCCUGGGGCUGCGGGGCAGUAAGGGGCAAAUGCGACCGGCCACCUCCCUCCCUCAUAUUGCUAAAGGAGUGGGUGGUUCAACACUCCCUACAGCCACCAGGCCCUGCCUGCUCGUUGCCCUCAGACCUCUAAACUUGGAGCAGGAGAAGCUCGCUUUCUUCCAGUCUGACUACAAGUAUGAGCCUCAGUUUGAGUAUGCGCAGCCUGAGCCCAGGAGCGUGCUGGACAAGUACAGAGAAGGCUCAGGUCUCUUUCUUGAACAGGCAGUUGGGAUCAUGGAGUGCGUCCUGAGGAAGUUUGGCUCCUAUGAGAAUUUUGAGGAGGUGACUGGUGGCAGUGUUCUGCCUAAAAGUCAGGUGUGGGCUGCUGUGCGCAAAUACCUGCAGAAAGAGGGCUGUGUGGGGGAGGUUGUUGUGCGUCUAUCUGAAGAGCUGCUGUCUCAAGCUGUGAUGGUGGUGGAAAGCUGUCGUCCUACUCUGACCAUUAACCUAUCUGGGGCUCGACAGCACUGGCUGGAGGGAAUGCUGAGACAUGAGAUCGGCACACAUUAUCUGCGAGGUGUGAACAACAGCGUGCAGCCAUGGGCCACUGCCGAAGGCAGGAAGCAGUUUGGACUUAAACCAGCUAAUCCCACAGAGGAGGGCCUGGCCAGCCUGCACAGCGUGCUGCUACGGAAACAGCCCUACCUGUGGCGCGCGGCUCUGCUCUACUACACAGUGUACCACGCCACCAGCAUGAGCUUCAGCCAGCUCUUCAGUCACAUAGCACGGUUCGUCCAGGACCCGGACGUCCGCUGGGAGUACUGCCUGCGAGCCAAGAGGGGACAGACGGACACCUCGCAGCCCGGUUGCUUCAGCAAAGAUCAGGUGUAUCUGGACGGGAUCCUCCGGAUUCUUCGGCAUCGAAGGACCAUUGACUUCAAAAUGUUAACUUCUUUAGGCAAGGUGUCUUAUGAAGAUGUGGAGAGACUCCGACAUCUGGCAGUGCUCUCCAAAACCAGAAUCCCGCACUUCAUGCGAGACCAGGAGCGGUACCUGCAACAUCUGGACCACAUCGUCACCAUCAAUGAGCUUGAGGAUUCAACUCUGGAGCAACUUCUACCGUGACCAUCCCACCCAAAGAGAAGAGGAACUGGAGGAUCUUCAGAUUCUACCAUGUGGUGACCCGAUUCUUGCUUAAGAGAUCCAGUAUUACUGAUGCUUUAUUGGAGCAAUUUUGUUUUCUUAAAACUUGAAUGACAUGAACAAAAGGGACAUACACACUAACACCUCUAUCUACAUUUCACUUGUGUCCAAUGCAUGUUUGUGUGGCUUUUCCACAGAGCCAAGUACAGUUUCUGUGCCCCGUCGCCUUUACUGCUAUUAUGAAAUUACCUCAGUACUAAAACUUUAUGAUGUAAUCAACUUUAUAAUGUAAACUCACUCAUAAUCACAGAAAUGUUCACAAUCACAUGCUUUAUUUAUGCAAUUAUUUAAGUUUUUUCUUUUUUUUACUUUGAGAAAACAGACUGAAUGUUUCUGGUAUUAGCUUUAUACGUUCUUUUUUAGACUGCGUUGUUUUUAUGCCUUUGAUUAUUUGCAUUUUAAAAAGAAGACACCAAGGACACAUUUCAAAACUGAGACCACGAAUCUUAAAGAUAUCAAGUGCCAGCAGACUCGGUCUGCCCUUCCACCAGGGAUAAUUAAAAUAUCAGUGUUAUUAAGAAGAUAAUCAGCUCUUUUAUCACUGUCUUAACAGUGUCCUUGGUGGUCUUUGAUCAUCAGUAUGCUACUGUGAUGUGUGCCUGAGCCCCUGACCCCAACUCCACCCCACUGCGCAACAACCAAAUUUUCCUUUGAAACGUCGGAGGAAUGGUUGAACAUUUUGGGUUGCUUACGUUUAUUGAAUAACUUGCACAAAAAUUUGCAUUUAAGUUACAGUUCCAGCCGGGCUAAACAUUCCCCAAUUAGUGUGUGUCGCUGUUGGUGGCCUUUAGCUGUGGCUUUAUAUUUAACUGAUAGUCUUUUCGGUGAUGGAAUCAGUCUCUUAUGACUCUGCAAGAGAGCAAAUGUAGGUAUUUCCCCUAAAAGUCUGUCUUUAUUGGAAAAUGUGCUAAAGUAACAUUUUUAAUACUGUGUUGGGCUUUUUGAGACCGUCUCAUCCAGACCGAGUCGCGUGUUAAGGAGGAAACGGGUGUAGUGGGUGUGCCUUUAAUGGGUGUAGCACUCAUCUGCUGUAGCUAGCCAUGUGUUUUGUAAGCUGCUUUUAUUGUGUUUGACACUUCAAACUUUAGAUGUGAGUCAGGGCAUUCAUUUUGGGCCAAGCUGUCAGUCAGCACAGAGAAACCAGAAGAACCAAGUCACAGCAGCAUCACGACACUAGCCUCGAGUUUUUAACUUAAAGAUGAAAAGACCGGGCCAACAUGUGAACUCUACGAACACGGUGCAUUUUAAACACUUGGAUAUGAAGAUCAACAUGUAACCCAAUUAUAUUCUGCUGUGUUUACGGUUUUAGCCACGUGAUAAGCAGAUAUUUUAGAUCUGACCUUAACGGCAGCCUGGUUUCACCUAAACGAAUGCACCGAUUUAUAAACGCACGAAUGUUGCAGAAGUGUUAUGUUGUGGAAAACAACUUGAAUUUCCAGUUUAUUUAUUAAAAUGUACACACACGG